CCGUCGAGAACAAUUGUCAAUAAGGUUAUAGACAAUGAAAAUAACGUUCCAUGUAAUAGAACCCUCGCCACGUCGGAGAAAAAAAUAAUCUUGUAAAAACAAUUGGAAAAAAUUAAAAAAAUGCAAAUGUUCAAAACUUUGAAAUGAAACCACUCGACUGCGUCGCGUGGGAAAGUGGAUCAUUGAUGUCUAUAUUAGGUUAUAGACAAUGGAAAAUUGUGAUCAAUAUGUUAAACAUAUUUCGAUAAGGUCACUGUUAUCUUACCAACCACGCUGGUCUUUGUCGUACUCAGCUCAGUGAAUCCUGAUAUUUUACUGUUAUAAACUGAGGAAAUUUACGGUGUGGAAGAAUGGGAGUAUUCAAAUCCAACCCACUCACUAUAACUGCUUCUGUCAUUGUUUUAUUACUAUUCUUUGGAAAAGGACAAUGCGAUUCAAUUUGUCCCAAUGGCAUAACGAACAUCACAGCUCCCAGUGGUGAGCUUGUAUAUCCUGAGUCAGGUACUUAUGGUAAGAAUGAGACCAAAUGUUGGAGGAUUACGGUUCCCGACACUUAUUAUGGCAUUCAGUAUCGUAUUUCCAGGGUUGACGUAGAAAUGUGCUCUGCUUGUAAGUGCGACUAUCUUCAAAGAGGAAAUUACUACAACUUUUUGCACCAGGAGUUAAAAUUAUGUGGACGAAAUAGUUACAACUAUUUACAAGGAUAUAUCUUCAACGUCUACUGGCGAUCUGAAUUUACCGUCGGAUCGACGGGCUAUCUUCGCUUCGUGUCGGAUGAUACUGCACAUUACACAGGAUUUAGGUUGACCUUCAUAGCCAAGUCCAGGUCAGGGGGUGACAUAAACUAUCUGAAUGCAACGGAAGAUGAAACUAUUGAGUUUGGCACACCAAAAGUCGACAUUGAGAACUACCCCUCAAAUUACGCAGAACGGUGGAUUUUAAUCGUCCCUGAGGGACGGAAUGUCCAGAUAGACUUUGAUAUAUUUGAGCUGGAAGACAGUGAGGGUUGUAAAAACGAUUAUGUUGAGUUCCGUGAAGCAUCCAUCGUGGCUGGUGAUCCCAAUGGCGAUAUUGGUCCAAUCCUGACAGGACGCCUGUGUGGAAAUACAAAGCCAAACUCGAUACUGAGUCAAGGGAACAUGGUUUGGGUUCAGUUCCUGAGUGACAGUAAUUCCACUACUGUAAACAAGGGAUUCAAAGCUUCUUUCAAAGCAGGACGGGGAAGCGGAUUGCCUGUAAGCCGUCCAAUGAUGCUUCUUCAUUUCUCAGCUUUGAUCAUGCAUGUGUCAAAGAACAACUUGUUCUAGUCCUGUCAAGUGUAUCCAGGAGAUGUCUUUAGAUCGCUGAAGUUUUGAAUCAUAUGAAUUUAGCUUAACUCUGAGGUGGACUGAAAAUUUUAAAUCAAGGAUUUGAGCGUGAAGUUUUGUCUCGGGAAUCUUUCUUUUGGAUCAUUUUUAGCUGUUAGCGGAUCGAAUUUAUCUGCGUAUUGUCGUUUUUUUUAGCGUUUUUAAAAAGUUUUUCGGAUCAGUUUUAUUGCUAAAUCGAUUUCAUUUGUAUGCAUAAAUUAAGUACAAGAAAAACGAAAUGUAACCGGUGUGAAAGCCCUUAAACUUGAAAAAGCUUGAAAAACAUCAUGUGCAUCUUAAAAGUAAUUUAGUAUAUAUGCGUUAUUGGCCAAGCGUGAGGACAAGAUGGCAGGACAUUGUCACAGUUGUUUUUCUUUUUUUUUGCAUUCUUGUGGCUGGGACGAAGUCAAGCUGCAUAAAAAAGCAAAAACUGGGCUAAACAAAACAAAACGGGGAUAACAUUCAGCCAUCUUGACCCAACAAGCUUGGUAAAUCAAGGAUUUAUCAUAUAACAAACAUGUAUCCCUAGUAAGAAUCAAUAGUGACUUAUCACUUUACGUUCUAGUCUUGAUAUUUUCAGGUUUUUAUAGCACAAUA